CAACCUGAUAAGAAUAUCAGUAUAGGUUCUCGAAUCACACGUGUCCGUCAGUACGAUAUGCAGAACGGAACUAUGUAAGUCGAAGUACCAUCCGCGUCUAUGUGUUAUCAAGAAUCUUGUCUUCUCGAUCGGUUUGAGUCAAUUUCUGAUAACACCCAUUGUCCCUUCGUUCGGACAUCUUUCGGCUGUCACUUCGCGAAGUGGUUGCUGAAGUUUUCGAAGUACCGACGAAUCGCGUCGAUAGCGAAGCUUCAUGGAAGAUUUGACUACCGCAGCGCAGCUUGAAGUUUGCCAUGACUGAAGUUGCCGCUGCUGCUGCCAACUUCACUGAGGACUUCAGGCAUAACAAAGCUCGCGGUUGUCUUAACGACGGACGUUGAUUUCGAUGAAGUCGGACCCGAUGGACGUAUUGGACCGUGUCGCGCAUUGAGAAACAGCGCUUGGUGUCGUCACUGUGUAAACUCGCCUUUGUGUCUUUUUUUUCGGUAAGAGGUGUCGGGUACUACAAGAAGCGGAGGAAGAAGUUGGCAGACCGAAAAGUCAUACCUGGUGACUUCUUUUUUUUUUCACAUCUUCCACUGGGUCUUCGUCCUUGGUCACCGCUUCAGCAGCGUCGCCAUGGUAACGGCUUGGGACUGUUAGGCGCUUUUCAGGCUUCAUUGAAAAGCGGCCAGUGAACUGCCGUCGGCUUUGACGUGAAGUUUAUCCCGGACUUACUUGGGUGUUCAAUGUCCAUAUGUGUAUAUGCAUAUAUAUAUAUAUAUAUAUAUACAGUAACGUGGUCGGAUGAUCAUUCAAUCGAAGUGGUGAAAGUGUCAGAAUGUGUUCGGAAAAAUAUAACGGACAACGACGAGUCGUAAGACUCGGUAAAAGCGCUUCGGUCGUUCUCGGCAGUUCUCGUGAAUUUUCGUACAAGGCCGUCAAGCUGGAGUCGGUGCAUCCGGGAAGAACGCGGUAUCUGGUGGUGGUGUCCUGUACCGGGCGUCAGGAUGCCGAGGAGAGCUGCCUCCUGGGUAUAGACUGUCACGCCAGGGCGACCGUCGGUCUGGUCCUUCGAGUUUUGGCAGACACGGCGAUCAGGCUCGAUGGCGAUGGUGGAUUCAGCGUGAGCGUAUGCGGUCGUCAACACAUAUUCAAACCCGUCUCCGUUCAGGCUAUGUGGUCGGCUCUACAAACUCUGCACAAGGUCUCGAGCAAGGCCCGCGAGCAGAAUUACUUCCUGGGCGGAUUGUCGCAUGAUUGGGUCAGUUACUAUGAGCAGAGAAUCGAAAGCGACCGCUCGUGUCUCAACGAGUGGCACGCCAUGGAUAAUCUGGAGUCACGGCGGCCACCGUCGCCGGAUAGCGUACGCACCAAACCCAGAGAGAGAGACGAGACCGAGAAGGUGAUUCGCUCGACGCUCAAGGAGAUCAUGAUGUCCGUUGACCUCGACGAGGUCACCUCCAAGUACAUUCGAGGAAGGCUCGAGGAAGAUCUCGAUAUGGAUUUAGGCGAAUUCAAACCGUUCAUCGACCAGGAGAUGCUGACCAUCCUGGGACAGAUGGACGCACCGACUGAGAUUUUUGAUCAUGUUUAUCUUGGGAGUGAGUGGAAUGCCAGUAAUCUGGAAGAAUUGCAAAAGAAUGGCGUGAGACACAUCCUCAAUGUCACCAGAGAGAUUGACAAUUUCUUUCCGGGUAUGUUCAAUUACCUUAACGUGCGGGUGUACGAUGACGAGAAGACGGACCUCCUGAAACACUGGGACGAUACGUUUAAGUACAUUACAAAGGCCAAGAAGGAGGGAUCGAAAGUAUUGGUCCAUUGUAAGAUGGGUGUCUCGAGAUCAGCAUCGGUCGUUAUCGCCUACGCCAUGAAGGCAUACAACUGGGACUUCUCGCAGGCGUGGAAGCACGUCAAGGAGAAACGGAAUUGUAUAAAGCCUAAUAAUAGUUUUCUCCUGCAAUUGGAGACCUAUCAGGGUAUCCUGGACGCCAUGAAGAAUAAGGAGAAACUUCAGAGAUCGAAGUCUGACACUAAUUUGAAAUCCCCGACCAUGGUCAAGGAUCAGAUCAAGAAGGAGGAGAAGGUAGACAGCGUGGACACUGAUCUUCCUCAGGCAUCCGGUACGGAGCUCAAGAAGAACGGACAGAGACCCAAGAGUUGGUCUCCGAAUAUAGAAACUGCAGAUAACAUGCUGCCAUCUGCUCCUUUGUCCCAGUCUCUGGAGAGCAUCGACAAGGCAGCCAACUCUGAAAUCACUCGCGAAGAUCUUCUUCGUGGCUGUAAUACAAAGACUGGUGGCGAUCAGGAAGCCCGUAACGUUCUGAUGCCCUGUGAUAACGGUCAGUCGUACAGCGUCUCCCAGAAUAAAAUAGUUCAUCUACCUGGACCGGAUACUCCAAGCGUUAAACACCGGGUGAGCAAGCUGGAGACUCAAGGACAGAAAAGGAAAGGCCUGGUGCUGAAUCUCACCAAUCAAUUUGAGGCAGCGAAUAGUAAACCAUCGUCACCGGGUUCGGACUCGGAUACUAAACCGCUGCCGGAUAGCCCUGUGUCGGAGGUCAAUGAAGGCCAAGAUUGUUCUCAGAUGUUGACUGCGGUUCUACUCGAACAAGAAGUUUGGGAUCCUGGUGAGAAAGUUCAGCAACCUGAGGAGAUUGAGAGUGCGCAGGAUGAGGUGUCUACGACGGUAGAAGAGCAAGGACAGCUCAAGCUUAGUGUUGCUGCCACCGAUGGCUCCACUGUUGCUGCUGUUGCUUCUGGUCUCGGAGAUGAUGAUAGUGAAUGUCUAGUCUGGACUGCUUCAGCGGAAGCAACAUAUACUAAUACGAAUAGUAAUAUUAAUGCAAAUAGCGAAGUGAGUGCUGAGAGUGAAUGUGUCGCGAAUGUCCAGCCGACGACGACAGCAGUGACGACGUUAACGACGUCUGUGUCGACGGGUUCUGCGACAAUGACUACAUUGAAUCCUAGUGCGCUUGGUAGGAAACCGAAAAAGGACGGUGAUCCUUUCAGUGCUCAGCUGGAUAGAGUCUUCGAUCGCGAAGAGAGGCGUGGUGAACCUAGUCGUGAUUCACCAAGUCGUCAAAGUUCCUGGAGCAGCUACGACAGCGCGGUAGUACUGGAUAACUCGGUUCACAGCUCCUGGGCCACCUUACCUUCUAGAAACAGUUCCUGGGGAUCCUACGAUAUGCGUCCGUCGGAUCCACUUGGGUCCAGUGGACUCUUUCCUUAUGACAAGGAGGAGAUCCCGUGGCAUCCGGGUACUGUAAGACGGACGAAACAGAAGCUCGAGGAAGGUGCCACCACUGGUGCUGUCAAGAGGGUCUGCACCCAGACCUCGGAUCCCGAGGAAAAGACGGAAAGACUUAUUGCCGACGCCGAGAAGGUGUCCGUCGAGGCGUAUAACCCAGUUCUGUUUCAUUACACUGCCUCGCCUACUCCCAGAAGAAGGGAUCCCUCGCCAGCCCCUGAACCAAGUCCUAAGACAGAAGUAGUGAGAGACUCUCCGAGUCCAGCCGAUGGCAUAGACAUUACUACAGUGUCGCUACGACAAAUAGCAAGACUCUCUACUAGUGCUCCAUCCCCGUCGUCCUUGUCCUCGGACACGGAUCUACCCUCGUCCCUAAGAACCUGUAGAUCAGAAAGUGAAACCUCAAGUCCCUGUGUGGUGAACACCACACAAUGUCCUUCAGUGAAGCACCACAAAAUGGUCUUAGAGAAUCUAAACAAUAAACCCGUGUUUAAUAAACGUUGUCUGUCCGUGGACGACUCUCCGGAGUCAGAGUGUCCCCGUAGCAGUUCCGGGAUAGUAAAGAACCUUAAGAAGGAGUUCGAGGCGAAAUCCACAAAAUCGGAAAAAAGUCCUGACAACAGUUACGAGACGGAAGUGUCGCCACCUAGUCGCUCAAGGAAGGACGUAAAGAUCCGAAGUCUCCCAUCAUCCCCUGUGAUUGGCCAUAACGAGUCAAAGAUCCAAUCUCCAAUCUCAGACAAGGAAAAGGAUCACAAGGACUCCAGAAGAACGGAUGCACCGGGGCAACAGGAAACUGCCGAGGAUCUCUCGGUGCGAGUACUAGUUGGUAAGUACGAGGUUGCUAAACCAGAAUCCAGAAAGAACACCGAUAUCCAACUACGUCAUCCAAAAGACAAGGAUUCCAUAGAAGUACAUCCACCGGCAAAAUCCAGGAUAGCUCCAGAGCUGUCAAGAAGAUCGGCACCCAUAAUGAUAAAUCACUCAUCGUCGUUGUUCAGCGAGACGCCUGAGGCGCCGGGACGGCCGCCAGUGCCAUCGCCCAGCGUGGUAGUGGCCAGCGUCGUCGCCAAGGCAGCUAGCAAGAAGCAACAACAACACGGCAGGACUCAUCCUCUAGCCAGGCUGCAGGUCAGGCCCAGGCACAGUAGUCCCGUCUACAACACCAUGUAACGUAAUUCAACAUCGGAAUGAACUGCCUUCGGCUAUGGUGAAAUCAUCCAAGAUUAGGUUAGGUGUUCUCUCCUUAUGGUGUCGAUCGAAGACACCGUCUCUGGGGUAUUAACCCGAAUACGCUUAGGCGCGGGUACGCUCUUGUAAAAAGGAAGACGAAGAAGAAGAAAAUUGUGUGAUCUCUCUUAAAGCGACGACAAAGAUAAAAAAAAGUAAUAUCUCUGUCGGGGUCCUGAUGGUUCGUUACAAUAGUAUAGCCAACAGAGUGAAACUAAGUGAAUACGAACCCUCGUAGAUUUCGCGAGGUACGCCAAGAGGGAUGACUAUUACUAUUAUUUUUUUAAUUCAUCCAAAACUUUAAUUUCUUCUUUCAUCCCUCUUGGCCAAUCGCAUCCAUUAGCUAUAAACCACCCCGUAAGGGUGUUCCGGGUUGCGGAAAACACCGGAUGAUGAUUCGUCAUUUUGAGUAAAUGUAAUAUGUAUAUGUACGCACGGGAGUAGAAAACGGACACGUAUCAUUACACAGUCACUCGGACAAAUCCCCUGCCAUUGCCGUUGAUUCGUCUUCUAGCUCGGUACGGCACUUGUAAGAUACAUUUUUGUGAUUAGCCUAAUCGUCCUACAUGAGAUUUCGGGACCGAGUAUGCGAAUUUGUAAUUAAUAGUUAUUUUUUGAAGUAUCAGCAAUGCGUAAGAUCGAAAUUGUGUGCUUCUGUCGUACGCGUUCUCGUGGAAAGGAGAAAUUCAUUAUUAUUAUUUUACUCUUGUGUUUUCUUUCCCCCAUACUUGGGAGACAAGAUGGCGUCGCGACGUUGUAGCUAGUAACGGGCUUAACUUUUCGCAUCAGUUCCAUUAAUUGUCUAAGCUAAAAAGAAUGCGCGUUUACAAAGCUAUGGCCUCGAAACACAAUGAGAAAUAUUAAGAAUGAAUAUUCCUAUGUUAUCUCGUCAUAAACUAAAUGUUGGACUUGGAAUCCAACGAAAAGGGAUAAAAGACAGAAUGAACGAAGCGGAGGUUCAUCCUGAUUUGCACUGUGCGUACGUUUCGUUAUUUGUAAUAAUUUUCUUUGUUCGUAUUGUCGAUGAAAAUAGUGAAAUUUCGAAUGGAGAUAACGAUUGUCCUAUUGGAAAUUAAUUUGAAACCACGAUCGCCCAGUCAGGCUGUGAACGUAAAGUCUGGGUAUCGUGAACUGAAACUAUCUUUUUUUUUUCUUUUCUCUUUCUCUUUCUCUCUAUGUAUACAUAUACCAUUUCCUUAGCGUAUUCUUUAUCAAUUUAUAUUCGUUCUCGAAAUCGCACUGUGUUUAGCAGAUAAUUAGACUGUAGUGUAGAAUAAAGUUAGAUGACGGAGAUAAUUAUAAAGAUAAAUAAAACGCAAUGACGGCUUCGGGAGGGGUUGUGCGUUAAACGGAGAUCGACGGACCCGAGGAUCCCACUAAAGAAUAAUAGUAAUAAGAUAAAGAAAAAGAAAGAGAGAGAGAGAGCAUUGGAUGAACGAGGAAGAUAGAACGAUUGUUAUUAUGCGCUACUAAUUAUUUAUAUCGAAUAAUGUGACUGGUUGAUAAAUUUUGCAUGCGAUCCGUGUAUUUCGAGCGUAUAGGAUUCUGGGUAAUUUAUCUGUUUUUGUCUACUUCUCUUUUACGUUCUUCCUACCCUCUCUUUCUCUCUCUCUACCUUCUCUUGUCGCCAGCCGAUAGACUUAGAGUGUAUCCGUGUGAUUCGUUAUCAGCAUCAGUUCGUAUAAAAGAUUACUAAGGAAAUGAAGUUUUCGAGGAAUAUCCGGUCGUGCGAAAGCUUUGCAAGUGUUUUCAUGUGAACUACGUGAAAAAGGAGGACGAUAUAUAUUAUAUCAUUAUACCGGUAAAACCUCGUUGCUUCGUUUCUCUUUUUUUUUAUUCUUUCACAUUAACCGUCAUUGUCCUGUUCUCUUUGUACUCCCAUUUACUAUUAAAUGUCGUAGCCUUCGAUCGAUUUGUUAAUCGUACCAGGUCGAUUCGUAUGUAAUAACGUUUGAGAGAUGAAGAAGAAAAAAAAAUGUGGGUGCUAACGGGCCGAUUUUAAGAGCGUCAUAAAUUAAGGUAAUAAAAGAAAGAAGGGUCGACGUGCGUCCUACAUACGAGCAUGCGCUCUCAGGUCGAGUUUUCAAUAAUUUUUUUUCUAGUAUAAGACAUAUCAUGCGUGUAAGAUUUGGAUGCUUUCGACUGAGGCAUUUUAAAAAAAAAACAAUUUUUUUCUCUUGUCUACUGAGAUACGUGCUUUGACAAAAUUUGGACUAAAUUGAGACCCCUGUGAGGACUUUCAUUUUUAUUUUAUAAUCGACCAUCACGCGACACUGAUAAACAUUUUGAUGCAUUGUAGAAGCAAUGCGUUAUCGUGCCGAAGACCAAUUUUAUACUAGGGUGACUGACCUGCUUGGCGGAGGUCACCGUAAUUCGUUUUUAAAAUCACGCGAUAAUGACUAUAUCCAUAUAUUUUAUUACCACACACAUGACUUCUCAACCAAAUAGAGGAAAGGUUCAUACCUAUUAGAUAUACGUGGAGAGAGUGGGAGAGGAGGUGUGCGACAAUACUUUUGUCUCUGAAUUUUUUAAAUUUCUAUUCUUUUCUUCUUUUGUACUAUUCGUCUCUCUCUCCCUGUCUCUCUUUCUCUCUUUCUCUCUCUCUCUCUCUGUCCAGCUGAUGAUAUAACAAUAACGAAGAAUUGAUUUCUAAACUGAGAUACACAAAGAUGAUAGGCCAUUCGUUGACAUUAGAGAUUAAUGAUUUACUUAAUUACUCGUUAAGUAAGACUGGAUGCGAUUUUGAUAGGGGAGCUCCAUCCUUGACCUCUAACCCCAAUCCAAAAUUCUACUUACCCCUUGUCAAGCCUGGCCGAGGUUGUUCAAAGAACAUGGUGAACUUAUAUUCUCGUUAUCUUGAAGAAAUGAUACUCUUGUAAAGAAUGUGAAUUAUGAUGAUGUCAUUUUCUGUCCCUUAUGUUCAUCUUGUGCUGUCAUAUUGACUGUUGAUUUGACAGCACGUGUCAACUCAUUUUUCCUGCGUCGGUUAUCAACUGAUUAGUUAUUACAGUGUCUACUAGGAAGUUUGUAUUAUCACAAAUCGAUGUGCUUCACUUUUCUUUUUAUUUUAGUAUUGUCCUUUAUACCUUGUCCGUGUAUUGUGGUCCUGUAUGAUCCUUGAACUCUAAGACCUCGGGAUGUCUCUUUUCCUCUUCUGUUCGUUGGUGCGGACCCACUCCCCCUAUCCCCCACCGUCCUCCCAAUUAAAGAAGAUAUUUCUUUCUUUGCUUAAAUGUGCGAUUAAACGAGAUACGGAGGAGCUACUGUCGUAAAAAUGAUUAAAAUAAUAAUUAUAUAAACAAAAAACCGUGCGUUGUUCUGUAUAAAUUUUGUACCAUAGUUUGUAUUAAAUAAAAUACAUUGUUUAUUGCUUGAGAA